AUGCUGACCAGCAUCACUGAGGGGAUACUGUGCUGCCUGACUGGGAAAGCUGCCAGUCUCGUCUUGCCUUUGGAGUCAUCAGAACCCUCUGACGGCUUUGAGUUUGUGGAGGUGAAACCUGGGAGAGUCCUGCGAGUUCGGCACAUCGUCCCCGAGCGUCAGCCCAUAGAAACAGAGAAGCAGGUUGCAGGGACGGAGAAGGCGGACGACGACUGCGAGGACUCUCCUGAGGAUUCCAGAAAUGACAGCGACAGCGGCAGCAGUGUCCACUGUAAGAGGAAGAUCACAGUCUACCGCAACGGCCAGCUGGUGAUUGAGAAUCUGGGGGACGUUUUGCACUCUGAGAUCUUGCAGUGUCAGGAUGGCGAUCUGGAGCCCUGCAGCACUGUAGAGGUGGAGCUCGCUGACUAUAAAGAAAUAGCUUCUUCUCCAGACCCUAACCCCGUUCCUCCUCCGGUUCCACCACCUCCUGGGGAACACAAACCUGCUCCGCCGCCUCGCCGCCGCCGUCGCAAGCCCAAGCGCACAGUGGUCAUCGACUCGAAGAGGGUGAUCUCAAGCUGCAAAGGGACGCACUCGGACGUAGCGCUGUUCUUCGUGCAUGGGGUGGGAGGCUCUCUAGACAUUUGGAGUAGCCAGCUGGACUUCUUCUCUCGGCUGGGCUAUGAGGUAAUUGCUCCAGACCUGGCGGGCCACGGAGCCAGCACUGCCCCGCAGAUUGCAGCAGCAUAUACCUUCUACGCACUGGCAGAGGACCUACGUGCCAUCUUUAAGAGAUACGCUCGUAAACGCAACAUUCUCAUCGGCCAUUCUUAUGGAGUGUCGUUUUGCACCUUCCUGGCCCACGAGUAUCCUGAUCUGGUGCACAAGGUGGUGAUGAUCAACGGAGGUGGUCCCACGGCGCUGGAGCCCAGCCUCUGCUCCAUCUUCCAGCUGCCAUCUUGCGUCCUUCACUGUCUGUCUCCUUGUCUGGCCUGGAGCUUCCUCAAAGCUGGAUUUGCCCGUCAGGGUGCCAAAGAAAAGCAGCUGUUGAAGCAGGGCAAUGCCUUCAAUGUGUCUCCGUUUGUCCUGCGAGCCAUGAUGAGUGGGCAGUACUGGCCUGAGGGGGAUGAGGUCUACCAUGCCGAGCUCACUGUGCCCAUCCUCCUGGUUCACGGCAUGUGUGACAAGUUUGUGCCCAUGGAUGAGGACCAGCGCAUGGCAGAGAUCCUCCUAUUUGCAUUCCUAAAAGUCAUCGAGGAAGGAAGUCACAUGGUCAUGAUGGAGUGUCCUGACACCGUCAACACCCUCCUCCACGAGUUCUUUCUAUGGGAGCCUGACAUGUCCAGAAAAGACAGCAGCAAGACAGACACAGAGAAGACAGUUGCUGUCAGUGACACUCUUCACACACUGAAAAUCAAUAAGGUUAUGGACAAAUAACCAACGAGGAGUCUAGUUUUAUCACAGAACCAAGCAGAAGGCCUUUUUUCGGCAGUUGUGUGUUCUGAAGGCUCCCGGGCUGAGAGCUGUUAUUAACAGGGCCACAUCUUAAGGAUGCGGACAACCACUGGUGCUCCAAGAUAAAGCAGGAAAGAACAUUUGAUGAGGAGAACGGAUGCAAAUACACAGUCAGUUUCUGCUUCGCUUUUUGAUACCAGUUUGUGCUCCAUUGCAUCGUGUUUUGCAAAACGACACAAUACCUGGAGGUCAAAGGGACUGUCCAUUCUGUGUGAAGUGUUUGUGGGGAAGAACUGACGACUACAAGGUGGCAUAAAGUCCAUGAAAGGGUGUUGAAAUUUCCUCGCUUUUAUCUUGAAUAUUCUGUAAAGUACUGCAGAGCUUCUGUUCUACCGUUAUAAGAUGGUGAACUUAUGGUUGGGUCCGUUGUGGGUGUGCUGUCAAUAAGAAACAGGCAAAAAUAAUAUAUAGUAAACUGAGAGUUGCCAGCGAUGGACAGCCUAUAACAACAUAAAAGCGUUGAUAAUAAUAAGUGUCAAAUACUGACUGGAUAGUGGUGGGAAGUGGGUUCAAGACAUUAAAUAUAUACCAAUGUACAUGCAAAAUGUAAUUAAUAAUUGCGUCACAUGUAUACAUAAAUUAUAUUACGACUGAUGGAGAAACAGAAAAAUCGUAGUUCACUUGCAAUCCAGCCACCUAUUAACCACAUCCAUCCAAUGUGCCGUGUACACCAUGUCAGACUCUCACAGCCAUAGCUAUCGCCACGACAAUUGGCUGACAGAUUUCUAAAUCACAGCGAUCUAUUUUCCAUAUACUGAACUCUAAUGUAAAGUCUAAAUCAAAAACGCUACGUGUCAAGUGUGAAGCACAAUGUAACCGACUCAUCCUUUCAUAGUUGCAUGAAAAUUAAGUAACAUUCAGUAAGAGGUUUAUAAGAACUGGCUGCAAAAACAGACGUAAACAAACGUGGAUGCCAAAAGGUUCCGUCUCCUGAUUUUAGCAGCCGUUUCUUCAAUACUAUAUAUUAUCCUAAGGAUACGAAGUACUGAGGCCCUGCAUGAGUUCAGAAUAUGAAAAGAUAUGAGGGUCGUUUCAAUAUAUUGUCAUAUAGAAAAAAAUCCCAGCACACUCCUGUUUAACCAAAUGGGUGUUCCUCUUGAUGUGUAAGUAUUAUUUUAUUUAUUUCUAUUCUGAAAUAACAGCGACUUCCAUGACAAACUGUGGUUGUAUUGACCGCUUUAAGCUGUUGUGUCUCAAGCUGAUAAAUGUGUGUUCCCUACGACUCCGGUUCACUCUAUUUAUCUAUUUGUGUCCGACUGAAAGAACGAGCAGAAUAUUUUGCUCGAUGAAAGACAUUCAUUCGUGGAUGCUGCUUUGUCUCAUAGUGGGACAGUAAGGUGCGAGUAAAAGCACAGUCUAAUAUGCUCCCUGACGGUGCUCAUCUGUUUUGAGUGUAGAAGAAGGUAUAAAUCGGUGGAUUUGGAACUGGGUGUCCAGUGCUAAAAAAAAAAAAAAAACACGUACGAAUCAGCCAAAGGAGAAAGUCCUCUUAAAAAGCGGGACGUCUGUGCUCACCGUGCCGGUCUGUUAUUUAUGCAUUUUCAGAGAAUGCUGAUGCAACACGACCGGAUUUAUGCAACUGGAACAAAAUAGAAACAGAGUGGAAACGUAACAGACUUGCUACUGAUGGCUCUAAAACAUUAUAUAUUCUCUGUGGAAUUUCCAAAAACCAACAAGUGCUGCUGAUUUGAUGUACUGUACAUCUCCUUUGGUGUAAAAGGUCAGUAAAACUGUAUGGACUACAGGGUGCACAUGUACUUCCUCUUAUGCUAAAAGUGUGCAUAUACAAAUUGUCAGUGCUCAUAUGUGAUAUAUCUUUUUGUGGUUAACAAAAUGUGUUAAUGUUAUUGUUGCAUUUAUUCAUGGGAAUCAUAAUAUAUGCACUGCCUGAAUGUAGAUGCAUAUAACAUUAUAUAGCCUAUCGGAACAGUUGGAUUCAGUGUAUGACUGUGCCUUUCCUGGCAUGAAAUAAAACAGAUGUUCACAGUUGAAA